UGCACCGUUUUCACAGCCCCAAAAUAGUACGCCCCCGACGAACACAAAGUCACAACUCACAACAACAAACUUAUCGUUAUCUAUCCAAGCCACCGGAGCUGCUAAAUUCGCACACUGUUUCAUCCUCUUCCAUCUCUCUCCCUCUCUAGUUCGUCGCCGUUCAACCCCAUUUCUUCACUGAUAUAUACAUAGCCUCAUUUCUUUUCCUUUCCUCCAAAUGCCACUCUCUUGAUUCUGUCUGCUGUUCGCUGCAAUUCUCCUCCGGCUAUGCGGGACACCCUUCACCGCCAGUUCUACGCCCAGAACUUGCGUAUCGGCCUGUCCGGUUGAAUUGCUUAGCUUCAAUUUGUUUGAACUCUGUGAUUGCUCCUCCAUGUCCGCGUGGAUGAUUCGGUGGCUAUGACAGGCGCUUCUUCGAUGUCAGUUCUGGUGGAAUGUGGUAAUAUGUACAGGGCCUGGAAUGGGGAUGUGAGCGGGAGGUUGAACUGUGGUGUUCUGUCUUGUGCAUCCAAGGCUCCGAGGGCAUUGACUGGAUAUCUAGCCAGUACUGCCCACCCCCCGCAGCUCUCUAUUGGUUCUUAUGGACGGGCUGGAAAACAAAGUAGCAUUGGAUGUUCAGGAAUUGGAAGGUUGAUUUAUUAUACUAGGAGCAAUUGGAAGCUAUGCCGCUCUUUAUCUUGUUCCAUAAAACCAUCUGAGGAAAUAUCCCCUGAAAGUUUGUGGGAGGAUCUUCAACCGACUCUCUCAUAUCUAUCCCCUAAGGAGUUGGAAUGGGUCCAUAAUGCUUUGAAUUUAGCCUUUGAGGCACAUGAUGGUCAAAAGCGACGUAGUGGAGAGCCCUUCAUCAUACAUCCAGUUGCAGUUGCGCAAAUUCUUGGAGAACUGGAUCUGGACUGGGAAUCCAUUGCUGCUGGGUUAUUACAUGAUACAGUUGAAGAUACAAAUGUUAUUUCCUUUGAAAGAAUAGAGCAAGAAUUUGGUGUUACUGUACGCCGCAUCGUAGAGGGAGAGACCAAGGUAUCCAAACUUGGAAAGAUCAAGUGUAAGGAUGAAAAUCAUUCUGCUCAAGAUGUCAAAGCUGACGACCUUCGACAGAUGUUUCUAUCCAUGACUGAGGAGGUCCGUAUAAUAAUUGUCAAAUUGGCUGAUAGAUUGCACAACAUGCGUACUCUUUCACAUAUGCCUCCCCAUAAGCAGUCCAACAUUGCCAAAGAGACACUACAGGUUUUUGCUCCUCUGGCCAAAUUGCUUGGGAUGUACCAAAUUAAGUCUGAACUUGAAAAUAUUGCAUUCAUGUACACAAAUGCCCAAGAUUUUGCCAAGGUACAAAGACGAAUUGCAGAACUUCGUAAAGAGCAUGAAAAAGAACUCUUAGAGGCAAAAAGAAUACUGACAAAGAAAAUUGAGGAUGAUCAAUUCCUUGAUCUGAUGAACGUAAGCACCGAGGUCCGAUUAAUAUGCAAAGAACCUUACAGUAUCUACAAAGGUGUCCUCAAAUCUAAGAGCUCGAUAAAUGAAGUCAACCAAAUUGCACAGCUUCGUAUUAUUAUAAAACCAAAAUCUUGUUCCGGACUAGGCUGGCUUUGCAAUGUGCAGCAGAUAUGCUACCAUGUACUUGGACUUGUACACAGAAUCUGGACACCCAUUCCUCGAGCUAUGAAAGACUAUAUUGCUACCCCAAAGCCUAAUGGCUAUCAGAGCCUGCAUACAACUGUGAUUCCAUUUCUUUAUGAAAGCAUGAUGCGUUUGGAAGUUCAGAUAAGAACAGAAGAGAUGGACCUAAUAGCAGAGCGGGGCAUUGCUGCACAUUAUAGUGGGAAGUGUCUUAACGGCUUAAUUGCACACGUUAUGCAUAAUGGCUGUUCCAGUGAGAAGACAAUCUAUUUCAACAAUGCCAAUAUUGCUCUUAGGAUUGGCUGGCUCAAUGCAAUUAGAGAGUGGCAGGAAGAAUUUGUUGGGAAUAUAACAUCUAGAGAAUUUGUGGACACUGUUACAAGAGAUCUUUUAGGCAGUCGAGUUUUUGUAUUUACACCCAUGGGAGAGAUUAAAAAUCUACCAGAGGGGGCUACUGUAAUUGAUUAUGCAUAUAUGAUACACAAUGAUAUUGGCAAUAAAAUGGUGGCUGCAAAGGUGAAUGGGAACAUUGUCUCUCCUGUGCAUGUACUGGCCAAUGCUGAAGUUGUGGAGAUCAUAACCUACAGUGUCCUCUCAAACAAAUCUGCUUUCGAAAGACACAAACAUUGGUUGCAGCAUGCUAAAACACGUAGUGCCAGGCACAAGAUAAUGAGAUUUUUAAGAGAGCAAGCUGCUCUAUCUGCAACUGAAAUAACGGUGGAAUCAGUAAAUAAAUUUGCCGCUGAAUAUGGUAUUAAUAGUGAAAGAGAAGUGAUUGAUUCUUCUAAAGGGGCUAUAGUCACACCAGAGAAGAUUCUAAAGAAGGUAGUGAAAAUGUCGAGUGGCGAAGAUAAUUUUCAUUUUAACAGUAGUAACAUCCAGACCCCCAAGGUGAAUGGCAAUCAUAGUAAGCAUCUGCAGCAUGUGAGCUUGAAGGGCAGAGGAGAGACUUUAUUGCAGGGGAAUGGCGUUUUCAGGAUGAUUCAUGCUACCAUUCCGAAGUACCAGGAGGUGUUCCCGGGGUUGGAGAGUUGGGUCUCGAGCAAUGUAUCAUCGUGGAACAACCUUGAAGGACAUUCCAUACAGUGGUUUUGUGUAGUAUGCAUGGACCGAAAAGGCAUGAUGGGUGAUGUGACAUCAGCAUUGGCUGCAGCAAGCAUUUCGAUAUGUUCAUGUGUGACCCUAAUUGUCAUUGACAAAGUUGUUGCAGGCAGAUAUUGACAGAGGGAAAGGAAUAGGUGUCAUGCUAUUUCAUGUUGAAGCUAGCUUGGAUGAUUUGGUGGUUGCAUGUUCCAGAGUGGAAGUUAUCCUAGGUGUUUUGAGUUGGUCCACAGGUUGCAGCUGGCCGGGGUACAAUCAUAUUCUAGAAUGUUAGUUCGUGCACGGCGUUCUUCAAUGCUGUGCUGGUACAGAGUUUUGACCGCAAAAGUGUUCUUCGUUUCAUGGUUAGUUCCUAUUUCUCUUGAAAUUUUUUCAGAAAAAAAAAAACAUCGACAAUCAAACAUUAGAACCAACAGAAAACNUAUGGAAAAGAAGAGUAUUGUUGAUAUGAGGUAUACCUGUAAAGGCCAUUUUACAAGGGACAUGUGAAAAUAUGUCAUUGUUAGAGACAAUUUGUGUUGUAGUCAUUCACAUUUUGUGUAAAGAUUUGAUUCCAAAGGUACUGUAAGUUUUAUGGUAUUUGAAUAGCAAGCCGAAAUAAUAUGAUUUCAUCUUU